UGACAAUGCUUGAAAGCGAAUCUAAUUCCUAAAUCCCCUCUACGAAAAUCCAUCCACCAUUUUAAAGAGGAGGAAGAAGAAGAAAAUCUCUGCUACAUUUCCUUAGGAUCUGAAAAUGGGAUUUUCCAUGACUUUUUCUCUGGAUUCUCAGUUUCUGUACAGAAAUACUACUCAUCAGAGAAUGAUGAAGCUUCAUGUGAAGAAUCAAGCUUCAUGUUUUAAGCUUAAAUCUAAGAUUCUCUCUGGAAGAAUUCUCAUGUGCAGGAAUGAGUCUAUUGAAUUUUCAGAAAGAACAAGCCCAGAUGAGGUGAAAAAAGAGAUACAGGGGUGCUAUGAACUCAUACAUAGGCUUGGAAGAGGAGUCAUCUACCUGGGUUCUUCGAGAGUGAAGACUGACCAUCCACAUUACUUGCAAACAUUAGAGCUGGGGAGAGAGAUUGCAAGCCUUUUGGACUGCACCUCAUGGACAGGAGCAGGCCCGGGUCUGAUGGACGCCGCUACUAAAGGUGCUCUCAAAGCACAAAAACCAGUGGGUGGAUUCAAGAUAGACAAAGAAGCAGGCCAAUGGACAUCAUCAAAAUUCCAUCCCUACCUCCCUUCUGAAACCUAUCUUACUUGCAGGUUCUUCUCCGCAAGGAAGCACGGAUUGGUCGACGCGGUAGUGAGGAACACCCCAUCGGAACGGACGGCCGUGGUCGCAUUGCCCGGCGGGAUUGGUACUCUAGAUGAAAUCUUUGAGAUACUAGCCUUACUUCAGCUGAAAAGGAUAGGAUCAACACUUCCUGUUCCCUUCAUACUAAUGAACUAUGACUCUUUCUAUUCAAAGCUUUUAGGUUUCCUUGAUGAUUGUGAAGAUUGGGGUACUGUUUCCAAAGGAGAGGUUGCAGCACUGUGGAAGGUAUGUAGUGAUAACUUUGAAGCUUUGGAGUAUUUGGCAGAGUUCUAUAAUCUCCCUCAAAGUAGAAGAAAGUAUAAAAAUGAAAUUGGAAGAGAUAGUAGUAGUUGAAGUGAGGAGAGUUUCAGUUGUUAUAGGAGUUCCUUCAUCCAAUCCCAAAGCUUGUAGGAGACCAUGGAAAGAACUGAAUAUCAAUGUUCUCGUAGCUCUAAAGAUGGAUUGGGAAAUUUUGGACAUGAAAAAUUCAUGAUUUGAAAACUGAAAAAUCUUGACUCUGACCCUAUGUUUGAUUCGGCCGGGUUGACUUGAUGACUUGAGACUGAGUCUUGUUACUUGACUCGACUCGGUAUUUGAUAUCUAAAUGUUGUAGUGGAAGUAGAUAUUUAAAAUAGUGAGCUUUGUUAAGUGCACAGGCAUGUGCAGUAAGACUCAUGUACACGCCAGAUCCAAUCCAUCCAUCAAGUUGGUUGAUCUUCUA